AUGAGUUGUGUUCGAAAGAAAAAAUCAGGAUGUAAUCCAAGCGCUCAAUUGUUUGAUCAACCAAUUCAAUCAAAGUCGAAAAAACAAAUCAACAAAAAAGAAAAUGUUCGAAAAGAAAUUGGAAAUAAGCUCGGUCCUGUGAGACGUGCACAACAGAUCCAAGCGAAAGUGCACAAAUAUAUUUUAGAAAUGGGUUCAACACAGGAAAAAACGUAUUUUGAACCCAUACAUCAAACAUUUAACCAAAUAUUUAAGCAGGAAACAGAAAUUCUAAUGGGAAAAAUGAAAUACCAACUCGAGAAAGAUUCAGUGUUUAUACGAACUGAAUACGACGACAAACUGUUACAGGAUACCAAAUAUCUGAUUAAUAAGUUUAACGACGCUGUAUCAGCUAUUACGAUGGACUUAAACAAUAAAUGCGAAGAAAAACAAAAGCAAUAUAAAAUUGACGCAGAGAAAAUGAUGUAUAUAAGUAUUGAAAAAUAUUUAACGUGGAUGGAACAUUAUAUAAAACAGGAAUUCGGAUAUUUUAAAGAACAAAAUCUAGCAGAUUUCAAAGAAUACUAUCGACAAUUGAUUUUGUCUUAUCGUCUGAGGUUCGAAAAAAAACUAGAUGACAUAGAAAAAAAACAUAGAUCAAAUUAUGACAAGAUAAAACAAUCAUCUGUAUAUAAGUAUAAAAAAAAAUUUGAUUUAGAAAAAACCAAACUAGAAGAAAAAUUAUUGUUAGAAAAACCAAGCUUAUCAUCGGUUUUUUACGAAGAAAAGGUUGAAGAAUCGAAUCCAUAUAUAAAAUCAAAUAUCCAAAAAAACUUUAAAUGUUGA